GAUCGGGUUUCGGAGGUGGCCCAGAAGUGGGGUGCUCGCGAUUCGGUGGUGUCCAUUCAAUCAAAGUAGUGUCAAAGUUCGUGAAUCUACCAGGUACAAAGUGAGCAGUUGCCUCCUCCUUCGCCCUCUUUCAGCGAAGCGCUGCCCUGUAGCAGCUUGAACCAGGUUGGGCGCCAGGGGGCCGCUGGGCUGAGCACGAGGCACCAUGACGACCCGCCUGCAUAAGAACCGGAAGAAGAGGGGGCACGUGAGUGCGGGGCAUGGGCGUAUCGGCAAGCACAGAAAGCAUCCCGGAGGGCGGGGUAAUGCAGGAGGGCAGCAUCACCACCGCAUCAUGAUGGACAAGUACCAUCCCGGGUACUUCGGCAAAGUCGGGCAGAGAUACUUCCAUAAGACCAAGAACCAGUUCCACAACCCCAUCAUCAACCUAGACAAGCUCUGGUCCCUAGUCCCCGAGGCCACCAAGAAGGAGCUCGCUGGCGCUGGCAAGGGCCAGGCCCCCGUUUUGGACGUGACCAAGGUUGGCAUCUUCAAGGUGUUGGGCAAGGGCGAGCUCCCCGCCGUUCCCUUGGUGGUCAAGGCCAAGUUCUUCAGCAAGCUGGCGGAGAAGAGGAUCAAGGAGGCGGGCGGUGCUUGCGUACUUACAGCUUAAGGUUCAGGAAUACGUCAAAAAACCCGCCGCUUUCUUGAAUGUUGAGCUACCCGUUUGUUACUCUGUGCCUGCUACCGAUGGCGGCGUUCACCUUGAACAUGCGAGACAAAUGCUUGCAACUGGCGGCCUGGGCCAUGCGAACGGGCCACGUGUCCAGCUUCGUUGCAGGCGGCCUAUCGCUCUUGCCCAAUGUCGAUGAGCUGCUUGUGCAGAUUAGUUUGGCCCCGGGCUGAUUGUUGAACAAUGUUUUGAUUCAGCUUUCUUAGCUUGCGGCAAUAUAUGUAGCAUGCGGUCUCAUAUCAUAGACGCAAUGAUCUCU